AAGCACCUGUGAUCGACAAUUGUCCUUCGAAUGUAAGGACCAACAACGCUAUGGUAACCUGGACUCCAGAUCCUACAGCUACUGACGAUGAUGGUACCACUCCAGAAGUAAUCUGCUUUCCAGCCGCUGGUAGUUCAUUUCCAGUCGAUGAGACAACAAAUGUUGAAUGUAACGCGAGUGAUGCUGCUGGAAAUGAGGCCAUCUGCACUUUUAAUGUAACUGUAGAUCAACAAGCACCUGUGAUCGACAAUUGUCCUUCGAAUGUAAGGACCAACAACGCUGUGGUAACCUGGACGCCAGAUCCUACAGCUACUGACAAUGAUGGGACCACACCUGCAGUAUCCUGCAUUCCAGCCGCUGGCAGUUCAUUUCCAAUCGAUGCAACUACAAUUGUUGUUUGUAACGCAAUUGAUGCUGCUGGAAAUGAGGCCAUCUGCACUUUUAAUGUCGCUGUAGAUCAACAAGCACCUGUGAUCAACAGUUGCCCUUUGGAUGUAAGGACUGAAAACGCUACAGUCACCUGGACACCAGAUCCUACAGCUACUGAUGAUGAUGGGACCACUCCUGAAGUAACCUGCUUUCCAGCCGCUGGUCGUUCAUUUCCCGUUGAUGUCACUUCAAUUGUUGUUUGUAACGCGAGUGAUGCUGCCGGAAAUGAGGCGGAGUGCAUUUUUACUGUAACAGUCGAUCCCAAAGUUGUUGUUGUUUCCAUGCCGAUAAAUGAAACUAAUGGAUUAGAUGUUCCUUUCAUCGAAGCUUAUAACGACAUCACUAGUCCAGAGUCGCGAACGCUGUGCCUGCCUGUUGAAACGGCCAUGUUGAAAGCUUUAAGCCCCGAGCUUGCUUCAAUUGUGACGGCCAAGUGUAAAGCCAUCUACCAAGGCAGCAUUAUCGUGGACGUGCGCCUGGUUUUCAGUCCUGAAGCUAAUAAUAGCGCGCCUCUAGGUAGCGCUGUGCAGGGGGUCCUACAAAACGUCAUCACAGAAGGCACAUUUGGAGCCGGUGGGGGUAUUACCUAUACCAUCAAUCCAGAAUUGGUGAUCGCACAAUCGGAGUCGAUCACGUGCCCUACCGACUAUUGCCAAAAUGGCGGGGAAUGUCUGCGGGAAGGAGCAGUGCCAAGGGUCCAGUUCUCCUGCAAUUGUUCUGCUGGAUUCACCGGUGAUGUUUGCCAGACAUCAAUAAAAGGUACUCCCCUUGCCGCCAUUCUGAUCCCGGUAAUAGCUCUCGUCUGCCUACUUGUGAUAAUUGGGGUCUGCACGAUGACAAAAGCUGGGUACAAACACUCGAAGCAACCCUCGGCACCCCCGGAACUAAACCUGAUGGAGUAUGACACAGGGGAGCGUCUGUACCGCACAUAUCACGGCAGGUCUACUCACGAGUCACGGUUCUCUCAUCUCGGCGGACGACUGGCGGUCAAUCAUCUCGCUUACAUCAAUCGACAGGAGAAUUUUUAAGCGCGUGUUCCCAUCCAAACAAUGUUCUCUUAUGCUAUGUCACAGGAGAGAUUAGUAGAAUCCACUGAAUUAUUGGCAGAGGGUUUGACAUGGGCGUCGCCAGGAUUUUUUCUAGAGGGGGGCAACAUUUUUUUUGCCAAAAAAUGCUUGUAUUUCUC